AUGGCUUGUUGCGGUGGCGGUUAUCCGGAAGAUCGUUUUCAAACUUCAGUCGAUAAGAAUUUCUUCUGUCCAAUCUGUACGGAUGUAUUGAAAGACCCAGUACAAUGCCACAACCAACACCUUUUCUGUAGAGCCUGUAUAACAGAGCAUCUUAAGAAUUCCCAAACGUGCCCCGUUUGUAUGCAAGAACUCACGGAAGAAGCGUUAUCCAAGCCAGCAAGAAUUGUGACAGGCUAUCUCGAUGGUUUGAUGAUCAUUUGCGAGCACAAGGAACGAGGAUGUGUUGAAUUGGUCGAGCUUGGCCUUGUUGAAGCUCACAUUUCCGUGUGCGAGUAUAAACCUGUAACGUGUCCUAACGAAAGAUGCGAGGCUGUUGUAAACAUGGCAGAUUUAGAGGAACACACGAGCGAGGAUUGUGAAUAUAGACAAGUAUUUUGUGAAGAAUGUGACGAGAACAUGUCGCUGAAGAAAUAUGGAAAACAUGGCUGUUUUAUAAGCAAAGAUGUUCAGGUAUUACAAGUUUGA